AUGAAGUUCUCCCUUCUCGCGCUUGCAAGCGCUUACACAGCCAGCGCCGCCGUCAUCGGAGAAAGGGCAGCAUAUGCUGUCAAGGGCACACCUGAAGGUUUCGGAAAAGGAACGACCGGAGGUGGUAGUGCAGCAUGUGUCGUUCCUUCUUCAGUGUCAGAACUGAAGACGUGGCUCACCGAUAGCACUGCGCGUUGUAUCGUGCUCGACAAAGAGUACAACUUCAAGGGUACAGAGGGAACUACGACUGCCACUGGUUGCCGUCCUGCCUCCAACAAAUGCCCUGGCAACGGAGGUCAGGAUGCUAUCAACUCCGCCAACUGGUGUACCAACGGAAACGCCGGAGCGGGUGCCACAUCGGUUACUGUCAAGUACGACAAUGCUGGUGUGACUGCUAUCAACCUGGGCUCCAACAAGUCCAUCAUCGGUGUUGGCAACAAGGGUGUUAUCCGCGGAAAGGGUCUCCGCAUUGCCAACGGCGCAAAGAACAUCAUCAUUCAAAACAUCCAUAUCACCGAACUCAACCCUCAGUAUAUCUGGGGUGGUGACGCUAUCACUCUCGACGGAGCUGAUCUAGUCUGGGUCGAUCACGUCAAGAUCUCCCUCAUCGGUCGCCAAAUGUUCGUUGCCGGUUACGGUAACUCCAACCGCGUGACAAUUAGCAACACGGAGUUUGACGGUCAAACCUCUUGGUCUGCUUCUUGCGAUGGACGUCACUACUGGGCUAUCUUGCUCCUUGGUGGCGGAGACCUCAUCACUAUGAAGGGCAACUACAUCCAUCACACCUCUGGCCGCAGCCCCAAGGUCGGUGGACAAGGAAACACACUGCUCCAUGCUGUCAACAACUACUUCUACAGUAACACCGGCCACGCUUUUGACAUUGAGGCCGGCGGUAUGGUCGUCGCUGAGGGCAACGUAUUCCAGAACGUCAAUACUCCCCUCUUGAACAACAACGGACAGCUCUUCUCUGCACCUUCAACCUCCGCAAACGCUGUUUGCUCAAGCUCCCUCGGCCACACCUGCCAGCUUAAUGCCUUCGGAAGCAGUGGCAGCUUCAGUGGCAGCCAAACGGACUUCCUAGUCAACUUCAAGGGCAAGAACGUUGCCAGUGCUGCAGCGGCGAGCUCAAACGUCGCCAACACUGCUGGUGUUGGCAAGAUCUAG